CGCAGUUGGCCGCAGUCGCUGUAUCUUAACGAUCUGCAUACAGGAUCGCUCAUCUGUGACAGAUUGUCUAAAUGAGUUCCUUACAUCUGGCAGAUGGCUCCGAGAAGCCAGCAGAAGUGGAAGGUCAGGCGCGUCUGUAUAGCAUGGUGUAUUGCCCCUUUGCUCAUAGAAUACGCCUUGUACUGAGUCUGAAGCAGAUUCCACAUGAUAUUGUCAAUAUCAAUUUGCAGAGCAAGCCACAGUGGUUUCUUGAAAUUCAUCCAGAUGGCAAAGUACCACUUUAUAUAGAUUCGGAUGGUACAAUAAUAACGGACUCUGUAGCAGUAGCAAACCACAUAAAUGAGAAGUACCCUGAGCCUCCUCUAUACAACAAUGAAACAAAGAAUCGUGAUUUAGAGCUGCUAGAUCACUUCUCUAAGAUUAUGGAUACUUUUGCAAAUUGCAUAUUUGGUAAAGACAAGAGACAGUUUGAAGAGAUUCUCUCUGAAGUAACAAAUGAUUUACAAGAAUUUGAAGACGAGCUUAAUGUACGCAAGACAACCUUUUUCGGAGGGAGUAAUCCAAAUAUGUUGGACGUUCUAAUAUGGCCUUGGUUUGAGCGCGCAAAGGCUCUAACUAUACUUUACAAACAACGUGCAAGUCUCGACAAGGAAAGAUUUCCCCGUAUUAUGGAAUGGGUAGAUGGAAUGAAAGAUCAGCCAUUUGUUUUAAAACAUCGAGGCUCAUAUGAAAAGUUUGCAAAAUUUGUAGAAGCCGUAAGAACGGGAAAUGUUGAUUAUGACAAUAUUUAAACUUAUUUGCACUAUUUAACAAAAUACUGCAAAAAUAAAUAACGUAAAAUA